UCAUUCUAGUUUUGUGUCCGCCACAACGUAAGCAAAACUUUGUAAAAUCGCCGAAAAUGAAGCAGUUCCUUAUUGCUUUAGUUACCAUUGCUAUUGCGUCGGCAGAUGUAAGUCACUUGCCUACCAAAGGUUACUUACCUCCACCCGCUCUUUCAGUAGCAGCAAGUCCUGAGGAGAAUGCUGAUCAUAUUCCCGCAUCUCCAAUUUUACAAACUAUUGAUAGUCAUCCCACCAAUGUAUAUCCGCCUGUCUUGAGCGAAGCUGCUAUAAACGAACCGGUUCCAGCUCAUGUACUUACCGAUAAUGGCUACCAUUACAAAAAUCCGCAUCGCGUACAGCGUGACGUCAGUUUGUCACCUUCAAAUGCAUAUUUGUCCCCAUUAGUAGAAAAUUCAGUUGCGUCGACCGAAGAUUAUUCGGGACCAAUUGCCGAUGCGGAAACUACAAACGAUGGUUAUCGUUAUAAAACGCAAAAGCGUUUUAUAUACCGUCGUCAACGCCGUGAUGUGAAUCAUUUGUCAAGUCAAGAAUACUUACCUCCCAGCCAGGAGGAAGAUAAUACACAAUCUAUCAAUCAUGAGAACCAAACUGAUGAGCAGUCAACAAUUGCAGAGCCUGGCCACGAGCUUACUCCAGACGGUUAUCAUUAUAAAACCCAAAAACGUUUAGUCUACCGUCGUCUACGCCGUGAUGUCAGCCACGUACCCAAUAAUAAUUAUUUACCUCCAGGUGGGGAGCACAGAAUCGGCCAAGACUCAGUUGGUACUGAAACAGCUCACAAUGCACUUGUUAGUCAAGAUCACGCUUCCGGAACAUUCACGGAGACUAUAAAACCCGCUGAAGAAAACCCUCUCACGGCUGAACCUAAACCUGCUCAUCAUCUUACCGCUGAUGGUUACAGUUAUAAAACACAAAAGCGUUUAGUAUAUCGUCGGCAACGCCGGGACGUCGAUCAGCCAUCUGACGAACAAUAUUUGCUUCUAGAUGAACAAUUACCUCUUGAUCAAGGUAUUGUCAAUUCUGAAGUAGUUCAUAAUACACACGAUCAAGAGCAAGAAAGGGACGCUCUUAAAGAAAAUCCCGACCCUGUUAAAGAAUAUCCUGUUAUUAAUGAGCCUAAAUCAGCCCAUCACCCCGCCAAUGAUGAGUACAAUCAUAAGAUACCGAAAAGCUUGGCUUACCAUCGUCAGCGUCGUGAUGUUAGUCACGUGCUGUCCAGAGAAUACCUGCCACCAAGCAAUGAGUUAAGCCCAGCAACACCCCCUAAAGAAUAUUUACCACCUACCGAAAAUGCCAACGAAGAACCGCAACCAGCUCAUCAGUUAACCGACGACGGCUAUCAUUACAAAACACAACGACGUGUAGUCUAUCGUCGGUUCUAAAUAAAAAAUUAAAUCACUCGCAAUUUCUUCAAAACUCCUAUUCAAGUAUUAACUAAAAUUGUAUUAACUCAUUCAAGAAGUAAAGAA